UAUGUCUCUAUAUACAUUGAAAAGAUGCUUUGUCUUCUCCAUUGAUGACCAUUUCUUCACUCAACAAUCGACUUCCUUCACACACGAUUACAAAAUUCAUAUGGCGACUUUUAACACGUGGCAAGUUUGAUCUCUAUUUCAUAGUUUCCCAUACACAUUUCACAUACGCGCGUACCAACUAUUAAUUAUAUAUAUAGAUCGAUCUACAGAGCUUGAUUUCGUAUCUAUUUCACAAAGGACUAAUUUGAUUUCCUUUGAAGUUAGCUUAGCUUUACAAUAGAUAUAAUAAAGUGCUAAUGGCGUCUGUGGCUGGAGUUAUCAACGGUUGCGUUUCAUCUUCCACUUCAUCUUCAUCGUCGUGGGGAAAACUGAAGAAAUCUCACGAGAAGAUGACGACGACGACGAGUGCUGGUAAGAGGUUUCGAGUUAGCUGUGCUUUUACGAAUUCUCUAGCUUCAGAUCCAUAUAAAAUAUUGAGGAUUCAUCCUGGUGCUUCUGAAUCUGAGAUCAAAAAAGCUUUCAGACAGCUUGCUUUGAAGUAUCAUCCGGACGUUUGCAAAGGAAGCGAUUGUGGAAUCCAAUUUCAAGAAAUUAACGAAGCAUAUGAUAUAGUAAUGAGUAAUUUAAAGGGUGAAAUGAGUGUAGAAGAAACACAGGAUGAACCGUUAGAUGAGACGAUGAGAGGAAUGGAGGACCCUGAUUGGGACAUGUGGGAGGAAUGGAUGGGUUGGGAAGGAGCGGGUAUUCGUGAUUACUCCUCACACAUUAACCCUUAUAUCUAAUUUUUUUCAAUUCAUCUCCCUAAAGUUAUUUCCUUUCACAUUAUUUCUUCUCGUGUAAGGGAACCUAAAUGUGCAUGUAUAUAUUUAGAAAACAAUUGUAAAUUUUGCUAUAUUCAUUAUGAUAAUAUAUAUACAUGUGUAAUUAUAAUUCCUA